AUGGCGAUCGGGAAAUGGAACCCAUUUGCCCAACAGGUUCCUGCGACUCAAGACAUCCCACUUCCAACCCCCGUACCGAUACCCUCCCCGGAUGGAAAACAGUUUGGCUUCGAGAAUUUUGGCAAUACUUGUUAUGCCAACUCUGUCCUUCAGGCCUUGUACUUCUGCGUACCGUUUCGAGAGCUUCUAAUUAACCAUCCAGAUCCAUAUGCAUCCCUCCACCAACCUCUUUCACCUCAGUGCGCCUCCGCGGGUGCUCCCACGUCAACCAACUCCUCCGUGCCUCCCCGUCGUAAAUCGGAGCGAAGACCGACACUGGAUACAUCCACUCCCAAUGGUGCAUCGCUUUCACCAGCACCGCCCAUUCCCUCAUCACCGCGCACUCUCUUUUCCGCCCUCCGUUCGUUAUACAUACACAUCGCUCAGAAUCCAGCUGACAAGGGAACGGUUGCGCCACGAGCGUUUAUUGAGAAGCUCAGAGAAAUUAAUGAAGCGUUUAGAAGCACAAUGCACCAGGAUGCCCACGAAUUCCUAAACUACCUCCUAAACAGGAUUGUAGAGGAGGUACAAGAGGAGAGAAAAAAUCGGUUAGCUUCUGCUGAGGAUUUUAAUUCUUCUUCAGACGCCUCACAGAGCAUAAUAGGUGGUAGCUCAAGUUCAGCAUCCCAUUUGUCAGGCGGUACAUUCGUCCACCAAAUAUUCGAGGGGAGCUUAACGAGCGAAACGCGAUGUCUCACCUGCGAGAACGUAUCUUCACGAGACGAGUCCUUUUUAGACUUGUCCAUAGAUAUCGAACAAAACUCCAGCGUCACCGCCUGUUUACGACAAUUUAGUGCGAGCGAAAUGCUUUGCCAGAGGAAUAAGUUCUUCUGUGAUGCAUGUUGCGGCCUGCAAGAAGCCGAGAAGAGGAUGAAGAUUAAGCAACUUCCAAACGUCCUUGCACUCCAUCUGAAACGAUUCAAAUACCAGGAGGACGUGCAAAAAUACAUCAAACUGACGUACCGUGUUGCGUUCCCGUUCGAACUUCGUCUGUUUAAUACGAUCGAUGACGUUUCGAAUCCUGAUCGGCUGUACAAACUAUUUGCCAUCGUCGUACAUAUCGGAAGCGGCCCAAAUCAUGGACACUAUGUUAGCAUUAUCAAGACUAUGGAUACCUGGCUGGUGUUCGAUGAUGACACCGUAGACACCAUCAAGGAGAGCGACAUUCCCAAGUAUUUCGGCGAGUCGAACUCCGGCUCUGCAUAUGUGCUUUAUUACCAAGCUGCAGAUCUUGAUCUGGUUGCCCUCGGUCUCCGCCCGCCAAGUCUGGAACAAGACUCCCCUAGUUCUAUAUCGAAAACUCUUCCCUCUCACCCGCCCGGCCUCCAUUAUACACCCCGAGAGGCAUCUGCACCUUCACUCCCUUCAUCACCCCCACCAGUUUCGCCGCUAUCGCCGCAAGGACCUCCUGUACCAACCCCUGCACCGGCUCCCAAAUCACCCCGAAAAACCCCGUCACAACUCUUGAGAAUCAAUUUGGGAUCCUCGUCAUCCACUCCCCAUGUGUCAACUAUCGGCUCCGCGGCAAUGGCGGAGGCUAUUUCUCCGAAAAGGAACGGCAUAUUGCGCCCUGCACGGCCGACGGCGCAUUCUAAUGCAGCCGAGGCACAGUCCGACUCGCCUGGCGUUUUCCCCACUGUGCCAGUUCCCAAGGAAGACCCUGCUUCGCAUGAGUUAGCUACUGGUAACGCCAGUGCAAAAGAGAAGGAUGAAAAAAGGAUUCCAAGCUGGUUCCGCAAGAGAAGCUUCAGGAGCAUAGGAAAAUUGCGGCCGAACUCUGAAGCCGACGCAGAACCCCUGUCACCACCACCUGACAUAUUGCUUGGCACUCUGGCACCACUUACUCCGCCGCCAGUUCCUGCUUUCCCAGCAUCACGAAAUGUUCGCGGAAUUUCAGAACCGUUGACAGCGGAUGUUGCAUUACGCUCGAAUCAUGGACGACCAUCCGUAGAGUCUGCGGCGCAUGUACACAAGGAGACACCUCAACCUUUCCCUGCAGCCCCAUAUGCUGGUCCUACAACUGCUCAUGCAUCCCCCCCUUCCGAUCGGAAUACACAACACCGUUCUCACGGGGAAGCGCAGAUAUUGUCCGCACACAACGAGGACACUACAGCAGAGAUACAUACUCGUCCGUGGCGCAUAAAGCACCCGCCCGUCCCGCCACCUCUUCCGGCCCGAUUGGCGCCGAUUCCUCACCAUCAAGGCGGGCAUAUUGCGAACGGCGACACUCAUGUGUCCCCUCACACUGUGAAGGGAACAUCAACCAUAAAGUCGAGUACUGCCGAACGAUCUCCAAUCAAUGGACGACCAAAGUCUGCGCACGCCUUCAAUGUUCCAUUACUACCUAGCGCAGCGGCAAGCACGCCUGAAACAGGCUUUCGAAGGGCUAGGCGUAAGCUUAGUUUGAGCGCGCCGAUGCUUGGCUUUGGGAAGAAAGACAAGCAGAAAGAGAGGGAGCGUGAGAGGUGA